CGCCGCCGCCAGAGCCGAGCAUGCCGCGCGCCUUCCGCUCCCUCCUCCUGCCCCUCCUACGGAAGCGCAAGCCCAAGCGCCGCCGCAGCCGCAGCCACCCAAAGGAGAGCAACAAACCCAAGAACCACCUCGCCGCCGGCGGCGGCGGCGCCGGAGACCCGUCCUUCAGCCUGAAGGCCUCCGCGUCCGCCUCCCCCCGUGACAUCGGCUUCCUCGUGCAGCCGCUCGGCAACCUCCUCCUCUCCGCCUCCCCGGGCGCCAACCUCCGGGACGCGGGGCUCGGCGCGCUCCGCCCGCUCCCGGACGACCUCCUCCUCGACGUCCUGGGCCUCCUCCCGGCGCGCGCCCUCGCCGCGCUCUCGGCCGCGUCCAAGGCGCUCUACGUCGUCGCCGCGCACGACCCGCUCUGGCGCGCGCUCGUCCUCGACGAGCUCGGCGGCGCGUUCGACUUCGCCGGGUCCUGGCGCGCCACCUACAUCGCCGCGGCCUGCGGCGGUCGGCCCCACCUCAUCCCCCCGCGCGCGCUCAAGAUCAGGGGCUUCUACUCCGACUACCUCUUCCAGAGCUGGCUCUGCGCCAACAUGGAGAUGCGGCACGAGUGGCUCGCCCGGGACAACAUCGAGCGCCGCCGCGGCGUGUCCGUCGAGCAGUUCAUCGCCGAGGUCGAGGAGCCCAACAGGCCGGUGCUACUGGAGGGGUGCAUUGAUGGCUGGCCGGCGUUGCAGAAAUGGAGCAGGGAGUACCUGCUGGAGAUCUCGGCGGGCAAGGAGUUUGCGGUUGGGCCGGUGAGCAUGACAUUGGAUAGGUACUUCAGGUAUGCAGACAAUGUGCAGGAGGAGAGGCCACUGUACCUCUUCGAUGCGAAAUUUGCCGAGAAAGUGCCUGAGAUGGGGAGAGACUAUGAGGUGCCGGUGUACUUCAGGGAAGACCUGUUUAGUGUUCUUGGGGAGGAGAGGCCGGAUUACAGAUGGGUUAUCAUUGGACCAGCAGGGUCGGGUUCAUCGUUCCAUGUGGAUCCUAACUCGACAUCGGCCUGGAAUGCCAUCAUAAAGGGGGCAAAGAAGUGGAUAAUGUUCCCACCGGAGGUUGUGCCACCUGGUGUCCACCCUAGUGCGGAUGGGGCAGAGGUCACUAGCCCUGUUUCCAUCAUGGAGUGGUUCAUGAAUUUCUAUGGAGCUUGCAAGACCUGGGAGAAGAGGCCAAUCGAGUGCAUAUGCCGAGCUGGGGAGGUUGUUUUUGUGCCUAAUGGAUGGUGGCAUUUAGUGAUCAAUCUGGAGGAGUCCAUUGCCAUUACCCAGAAUUAUGUGAGCAGGAGGAAUUUGUUGAACGUUCUUGAUUUUCUCAAGAAGCCCAAUGCAAGUGAGCUUGUCUCGGGGACCAAGGACAGAGUGAACCUGCACGACAAGUUCCGUAGUGCCAUUGAGGCAGCUCACCCUGGGAUGAUCAAGCAGCUUGAGCUUGAGGCGCAGCAGAAGGCCGCUGCUCGGAAGAAGAAAACAUCGUUCUGGGAUUCUGCUGUUGAUGCCAAGAGCGGAGGAUUCAAGUUCUCUUUCUGAGUUUCACAACAGCUAGGACUGCGAUCCUCAUGUCAGUCCAAUUUUCCUUGAUCUGUCACUUCCCAGGAUACAAGGGAACCUUAGUGGACAAGGUUCCUGAGCCUGAAACAGCGCUCACAGGGAACCUGGCUAACUGAUUAUCUGAUUAAAUUUGUACCAUGAGCUUCCAUAUUGAUGUCAUCCAAGUUUUUGGAAGAAUUCAGUGCAAGAACAGCUGCAUUGCUCUUGUGCCAUGUAGCUUUUACCCAUAAUUUAGAUCCGGUUCUUGAAUGAAGAAUUUAUUCUAUAACAUUUACAUUGUUUGUCAUACCAUGCAACUUGUAUCUUGAUGCAAUUGAGAAUUGGUUUUA